CUCCUGCGGGGCGGGCAUAGCCGGCCGGCGAGCGCAGGCGCUCUGUCUGGUGGGGAAGCGGAGAAGCAGCCGGGAGUAGGUGAAGGACAGUCGCUUGGUGUGGGAUCGUCGGACCCGCAGUCGUGACCACAGAGGCCACGGGGUGCGCGUGCGUGCUGUGCAUGCCGCGAUGAGCAGGUUCAAUGGGGACCCCCAGAUGUGCAGCCCCGGAUGGAAGAUGUGAAGGUCACACGUUCUCUCCUCCCUUUCCCGAGCCGUGGGGCUCUUGGAAGAGAGCAAGCCCACCGUCUCUGGGGAGCCUUUUCUGAUGUCCAGCCCUCCUUGCGCCUCCUUCCCUGCACCGUGGCCCCUCUGCCCUCAGCCACUCCGCAGCUUGCUGGCACUGCCUUCUCGAGGAUGAGCGCCCUGGCCGCGUCCCGUGCACAACACAGUAGUCACAGCCGUGGGAGGUCCACGGAAACCGGAACAGUAGUCUAAUCGUUAGAGAAUUCUGGUGAUCCAGGAGCCGCCUAACGAAUGCUUCCUCGCUCCCGAGUCUCGCUGGGAGCCGUCCUGCCGAGCAGUGCUCGGACGAGGUGGUGGCGGCCAAGCAGAGCUGAGAGGGUGCUUGCUGCCUGCACAGUUCCGGGCAGUGCCCGGAAAGCCCGGGGAGACUGGCAGAGGCCGGGCACGAGGCCAGCCAGGGCCGUGUCUGGGUGGAGCCCACGGAAGGGAAGGGCCCUGUGAUGCCCGGCCUGGCAGCUCUGCCCUGGGUCCAGCAGGCUUCCAGGGUGGGGGUCCCAGUCUCGGCGGGGUCCCAUCACAGGCCUGUGGACUUUCCUGACCUUCUUCCUCCCAGCCCAGCGCCACAGAGCCAGACUUCUGGGCUUGGGCAACUUUGGGGCUGGGUGGAGCCAGCUCCGGCUGCCCUGGUCCCAGGGGCCGCAGCCGGCUGCCCGCUCCCGCUCGCCUGAGGGCAGCGCUGGCCCCGCUGCUGUUCUGAGUUGACGGCUUAGCAUAAGCAAGACCUCGGUCGGCUGUUUGUGUUAAGCAGAGGCCAUCGAGCUGGUGCAUGUGGGUGUGCUGGAAUGCCACGCUCAGCCAGUGUGACCCCUCUCGGCCGGUGCUGGCGUGGCUGGGGAGACAUGACCACACUGGAGCAGCAAGCCCGGGCAGACACAAGACGCGGAGAGGAAGUGCAAAGCGCAGAGCUGACAGGUAUCUGCAGAGAGAGAAGGCCCAGCAGAGCCGAUGUUCCUGCCCCUGGCGGAGGGGUUGCAGAGGCUAGAGGCCGGCGUUGGCCUCGUGGCAGUCGGGAGGCAGAGCGUCUGAGAACCAGCCGUGGCAGCCGAGGCCCCAAGAGACACACCUACUGGCAUCUUUCUUAGACUCUGUCGCUGGGCACUUUGGUUCUGGCCCCGCAUGGCCCACCCUUCCCCACUACACCACACCGCACCCUCCUUGACCUAGUGACCAGCGCCCAGGGAUCCACACGAGCCACUGGAGCACCUCUGAGCAGGCAGGUGGGCCCUCUGGCUACCUGCUCCAAGGCCUCCCCAGAGGCAGCAGAGCAGGGAGACUCUGCUUUCAAGCUUGUGUGGCCGUGAGACACAGGGGUGAGCCCACUGCCCCAGUGGGGUUGCCGUGCUACCGAAGAGCCCGUGGCCGGAGUGGAAAACCCCCGUCUACCUGCACUGUGCGUUCUGAAGAGCAGACGGGUCUGUGCUCAGGGACUGCUGGCCCCUCCCAUGGGCACCUCCUAUUGGCAGAACUGACAAAGGGAGGGUUGUGAGGGGUGGGAGUGCUGGGCUUCUGAUGCCCGCAGUACAGAGAGCGUGGGCUGGGGAGCAUGGCCAUUGUCAUCCUGCAGGCCCGCCCAUCCCCGUGCAGGGCCAGGGUGCUGAGUCACUGGCGCUGUCCCCGUCUGUGAUGAGGCCAGGCUGGGGCGGUCAGCUCACCCAGAGCCCCCAUCCAUCUUUUGGGGCGUGAUUAUCCAUAACUGGGAGAAGAGGCUCUUAAAGACCUUAUCCCGAGAGGCAUCUGGGCCACAGGCCUCAGUUCCACCCCCUGAAGCAUGGAUUCGACGAGUGGUUUGGAUCCCCCAACUGUCACUUUGGACCUUAUGACAACAGGGCCAGGCCCAACAUCCCUGUGUACAGGGACUGGGAGAUGGUCGGCAGAUAUUAUGAGGAAUUUCCAAUCAAUCUGAAGACUGGGGAAGCCAACCUCACGCAGAUGUACUUGCAGGAAGCUCUGGACUUCAUGAAGAGGCAGCAGGCGGCUCAGCGCCCCUUCUUCCUCUACUGGGCCAUCGAUGCCACUCACGCACCUGUUUAUGCUUCUCGGCCCUUCUUGGGCACCAGCCGGCGAGGGCGGUACGGGGAUGCUGUCCGGGAGAUCGACGACAGUGUUGGGAAAAUCAUGAGGCUUCUUCGGGACCUGAGGAUCACAGAGAACACGUUUGUUUUCUUCACGUCUGACAACGGCGCUGCCCUCAUUUCUGCUCCUAAACAAGGUGGUAGCAACGGCCCCUUUCUGUGCGGGAAGCAGACCACGUUUGAAGGUGGGAUGCGGGAGCCUGCGAUCGCGUGGUGGCCUGGGAAAAUCCCUGCAGGCCAGGUGAGCCACCAGCUGGGCAGCAUCAUGGACCUCUUCACCACCAGCCUGUCCCUCGCAGGCCUGGCGCCGCCCAGUGACAGGGUGAUCGACGGCUUGGACCUGCUCCCCGCCAUGCUCUGGGGCCAGCUGACAGACAGGCCAAUAUUCUAUUACCGCGGCAACACGCUGAUGGCGGUCACCCUUGGCCAGUACAAGGCCCAUUUCUGGACCUGGACCAAUUCCUGGGAGGAGUUCAGACAGGGUGUUGAUUUCUGCCCUGGGCAGAAUGUCUCUGGAGUCACCACCCACACACAGGAGGAGCACACAAAGCUGCCCCUGAUCUUCCACCUGGGACGAGACCCGGGGGAGAGGUACCCCCUCAGCUUUGCCAGCCCCGAGUACCUGGAUGCCCUUCGCAGGGUCACCUUGGUCGUCCGGCAGCACCAGAAGACCUUGGUCCCUGGACAGCCCCAGCUCAACAUGUGCAACCAGGCCGUCAUGGUGUGGACAUGCUGGGCUGAUGGCCUGAAGGUCCCGUCAGGGACAGACCUCCUGGAACCCUGUGGGCACUCGCCUGCAAGUCCUGUCCCUGUAACUGUGUGUGUGUGGCACCCCGCUCCACAAAGAUGGGUGAUUCCGGUGUCCCAGUGUCAGAAGCUUUGGCUGCACCCCAAAACCCACCGAGCACCAUCAGGAUGGCGUAGCCCCGCGUUCCAGCUGGACGGCCCCUCUCCCCGAGCGGCCCGCAGACCCGCGCGGUGGUUUGGAGGGCAGCUGAGCACGUCGCAGCUGCCACGUGGAGUCCAGCCUGCGCUGAGGAGCCAAUGCGGCGUGGGGGGCGUGGGCGUGGGGGGCGUGUGCUGGGAAGACCGAGUCGGGCAUUAGCAGCUAAUCAUGCUGGGCAUGAUCAUAGGGCGGGCAAGGCUGCCUCGUUAGCCAGGGCCAGUGUGGGGGUGGCCUUGUCGCUGCUGUCCACAUCUGGGGCUUCGUGUCCUGAGGCUCCCCAAGAAGGACAUUCAGGGCAGAAGCCGGCAGGGCUGCCUCCUUCCCUCAGAGGGGCGGUCUGCCUUGUGAACUCACAGCAGUGCAGCAGAAGGUCCCCGUCUCAGGACCACCAAGGUGCCUGGGGUCCCAGGAGCCUGAGAGCCCUCCACGCCCACUCCAAGCCCCAUCUUUAAUCUUUCUGUGAAAGUGAGCUGUCCCCACCCCCAGCAUGCCCUCUGUCAGCGAAUGCAUGUGGUGCCUGCCCAGGCUGGGGCUCCAGGUGGCAGCGUCCUUGCCUACCGCGUGCAAAUGUAGUGGACGUGGGGGUGGAGGGACCUGGCUGGGACGCUGCUGCAGCUGGCUGACCCCUGGACCCGGAAAAACUGGGGGACCAGCCCUCCCCCGCAAAUCCCACAAGUGAACUGAAGGCAGACCAGAGCAGUGUGGAUCAGCCUCCAGAAUCAUGGGUGCUGGCUCCCCACAACCUCCCAGGCUGGCAGAGUCUGUAUCCUGCACACACUCUGUCAUUUUGCUCUGCGUCCGACGUUGAGAACAGCUUCCUUAUCCGAAGCCUGCCUUGCCCCAGCGGCCGGCCCCACCCUGCAUGGGCAACCAGAGGCCACGUGAUGCCACGCAGUGCAGGAGAGACCUUCACCGGGUUCUCACUGCCCUUGAUGUUCUGAUUCAUUAACAGCCUCUGAGGCCCCCUGUGGGGGGAGUGCCCCCAGGGUGAUUCUGAGUCUCCUGACCAAGGCACAGGGACACCGCAUGGGCAGUGGGGGGACAUGGCGAAACAAGGAAGGCUCCCUCCUCCGGACCGGGAGAAAUACGGCCAUACAGAGCAAGUGUGGACAUUCACGUGCCCUGCCGAGGGGCUCCCCUGAAACAGGCCAGCUCUGACCCCAGCUGACGAUCAGAGAGCUUUGUGUGGAUGAUCCUGAGCAGGCUGAGGACUCUCCUGAGUCAGCUGUUGUUGAAACGUGGAGACACAGCAGGGCCGGUGGCUGCCUGGCCGCGGGUCCUCACCCUGAGGCCAAGAGGCAGUGGGGCAGGGCAGGAGUCGGGCCACUACUGAGCAACUUCGUGUUCUCUCUUCUUAU